CAAGCCCUUCCGAGAUCCCCACCCCCGGACUCCCUAGGGACCUGGGAGGGAGCGCGGGUCCUCAGGUCUCCGCCCCCCAGCCCCUAGCCCCUCGGGCAGAGCCGACCAACCCCUCCCCACUUCCGCGAGGGGCAGGGGCGGGGUCAUGAUAUAGGCCUUCUGCCCGGGGGAGGGGCUUUUCCUAAGGGGCAAGGCCAAGGCAUCCCGAAUUGGGGCUGCCAGGGGACAAGGCGGGGAGUUAUUAAGGCUGGGGGUGGGAGGCUGCCCAGGGUAUUGGGGUCAGGGUGGCAUUAGCCCAGCUCAAGGCGAGCUGGGCUGACUCAGCACCCUGCCCCGGCCAAUCCCCAGCCCUGACAGCUCUGCUCUCCCUUGGGCAGAGAUGGGAGAUGGCGCCGGUGCUGCCCCUGGUGCUGCCCCUCCAGCCGCGCAUUCGUCUGGCACAGGGGCUCUGGCUCCUCUCUUGGCUGCUGGCGCUGGCCAGUGGCCUCACCCUCCUCUGUAGCGGGCACCUCCUGGUCCAGCUGUGGCACCUUGGCACCUUCUUGGCUCCCUCUUGCCCAUUCGCUGCCCUGCCCCAGGUUGCUCUGGCAGCCGGUGCAGUGGCUCUGUGCACAGGACUGGUGGGCGCGGGAGCCAGCAGGGCCAGUCUGGAUGCAGCUCAGUACCCUCCCUGGCGAGGGGUCCUGGGCCCCCUACUGGUGGCUAGCACUGCUGGGGGCGGGGGGCUCCUGGUCCUUGCCCUGGGGCUAGCCCUGGCUUUACCUGGGAGUCUGGAUGUGGGACUGGAGGAGGGCCUGGGGACUGCCUUGGCUCACUACAAGGACACAGAGGUGCCUGGACACUGUCAUGCCAAACGGCUGUUGGAUGAGCUGCAGCUGAGGCACCACUGCUGCGGACGCCAUGGGUACAAGGAUUGGUUUGGGGUCCAGUGGGUCAGCAGCCGUUACCUGGAUCCCAAUGACCAGGACGUGGUUGACCGGAUCCAGAGCAAUGUGGAAGGCCUAUAUCUGAUUGACGGGGUCCCCUUCUCUUGCUGCAACCCCCACUCACCCAGGCCUUGCCUGCAAAGCCAGCUCUCAGACCCACAUGCCCACCCCCUCUUUGAUCCUCGACAGCCCAACCUAAACCUCUGGGCCCAAGGAUGCCAUGGGGUACUGCUGGGGCACCUGCAGGGGUUGGCGAGCACACUGGGCAGCCUGCUGGCUGUCACCUUCCUGCUGCAGACUCUGGUGCUCCUGGGCCUGCGGUACCUGCAAACAGCACUGGAGGGGCUUGGAGGAGUCAUCGACGGGGAGGGAGAGACACAGGGCUAUCUCUUUCCUGGUGGGCUGAAAGACAUGCUGAAAACAGCAUGGCUACAGGGAGGGGUUGCCCACAGGCCAGCACCUGAGGAGGCCCCACCAGUAGAGGCACCUCCUAAGGAGGGUCUACCUGAGGCCUAGUGGCCUGGAGC